ACUAAUCCCGGAACACUACGAAAUGAGAGCCAUUUUAGCAUUGACAUUGCUCCUGAGCUACCUGACAAAUGUGCUAGUGGCCAGCGAAACACCAGAUAUUGGCAAGCUAACAAAUACUUGUAUGACCGAGCAUGGUGUGACUAUUAAAGAUUUUGCUGAUCUAAAGUCUGGGGCCACCAAGCCAGAGGAUGCAAGUGACAAUAUUAAGUGUGCCACACAGUGCUUGGUAGUGAAACUUGGUUUCAUGGAUGAGGAAAGCAAUAUAUUAACAGAGAAUGUUAAGGCGAAAUUCGACAGUACUCCCAUGGAAAACACUGUUAUGGAGGCUUUAAGUAAAUGUGGCGGAAUCAAAGGUGUCAAUCCUUGUGACACGGCCUUCCAGAUCAUGAACUGCCUUCAACCAAUCGCUAGUUAAGUGUGAAUAAUGUAGACAGCAAGUAUUGAAAAUAUAUUAUCUAGAUGUUUAAUAGCAGAAA